AUGCACCGAACAUACUCUAUGCGCCAGUCCCGCGCGCCCACGGCAUCGCAGCUUCAGAGUCCGCCACCACCCCCUUCGUCCACCAAGUCCGGCCGUUUCUUCGGCAAAGGAAGCCUGGGCCAUGCUCUCCGCGGCCGAGCCGGUGGCGCCUUCGGGCCAGAUCUGGCUAAGAAGUUAUCCCAGCUCGUGAAGAUGGAAAAGAAUGUCAUGCGAAGCCUAGAGCUCGUCGCUAGGGAGCGCAUGGAUGUGGCCCAACAAUUGUCCCUUUGGGGUGAGGCUACCGAUGAAGAUGUCUCUGACGUCACCGACAAGAUCGGCGUUCUCCUCUACGAAAUCGGCGAACUGGAAGAUCAAUACGUCGACCGAUACGACCAAUAUCGCAUUACCAUGAAGAGCAUUCGCAACAUCGAAGCAUCUGUCCAGCCUAGCCGAGACCGCAAACAAAAAAUUACCGACCAGAUCGCCCAGCUAAAGUACAAGGAGCCUAACUCUCCCAAGAUUGUGGUACUGGAACAGGAGCUAGUCCGUGCCGAGGCCGAAUCGCUCGUGGCAGAGGCCCAGCUCUCCAAUAUCACUCGCGAAAAGGUCAAAGCUGCUUAUUCUUACCAGUUCGAUGCCCUCCGCGAACACUGCGAGAAGGUUGCCAUUAUUGCUGGCUACGGCAAACAUCUCCUCGAGCUGAUCGACGACACUCCCGUGACCCCUGGCGAAACCCGAGCCGCGUAUGACGGCUAUGAAGCUAGCAAGGCCAUCAUCCAGGAUUGCGAAGAUUCCCUCACCAACUGGGUCACCGCCAACGCCGCCGUGAGCUCCAAGCUCUCUACCCGAUCGCGAACUCUCUCCCAGCGACGCCGUAAUACUAUCCAAGCCAGGGAAGAGGGCCACGACUUAUCUCACCAGGAUGUACCGCUGCACGACAACCAAUCAUGGGAAGCGCGAGGUGUUGAAGCCGAGAGUGAAGCAGAGGAGGAGGAGGAGGAGUUGGAGGAGCCUCACCACUCUGUUUUAGGCAGUGACGUUGGUAUGAAUGGUGAGACACGAGGCCGAUCCCAAGAAGUUCUCGCGGCUUAA